AUGAACAAUAAAAAUCAAACGUUAAGAAAAUACCUUGAAUUGCAGUAUAAUGCUAUUCAAAAAUGUUGUGGGUCAUUGAAAGAAGCUAUUAAACAGAAAACAUGUCUGAAUAAUUGUGAAGAAGAAUUUAAAGCAAAAUAUUAUUUGUCACAACAUAUCUCAGAAUUAAAACCAUUCAAUCUUACAGCCCAAUUAAUUGAUUAUGAGCAAUUAAAAAAAACAACUGUGAAAACAACAACGACAAGAAUAAAAACAUCAUCAUUACCAAAUUCAAUCAGUUUUCUAUUUAUUUUGCUUGCAUCGAUGUUGGUUUUUGUUAUUAUUAUAAAAUUCGUCGAUAAAGUCGACAAAACAACAACGACAGAAACACGAAUGGACAAUUGUCUAUCAGAUAUUUCAAGUUCAACUCCGGUUGACGAUACGUUUUCUCUUGCUCCUCCAUCAUCGUCAAUCAUUUCUGCUCGUCCACCAACAGUCGAUCUUGUUUCAACAUCUGCUUCAUAUCAUCACACAGGUACGAAGAAUUUGGUUCGAAACAGAUUUUUUUCCAUUUAA